CGAUGACUCGGUGUACAUUUGACGAAACAGUUUAUCGUGAUAAGAACCACAUUAGUACGGAUACACUGCCUACUAGAUUUGGUCAGGAUAUAACACAGUAAUAUUUUGUGAGAAACAGACGUGUUCCAUUUGCGAGGUUACGUUGAGGGAACAAUGACGAAACUCUUCACUUCGAAAUCUAGCGAAUUCGAGCUCGAAGCGUUGGAAGUUCACAAUGAGUUCAGAGCUGAACAUGGAGUCCCUCCUCUUGUCCUGAGCAAAGAGAUCAGCAAAUACAGUCAGAAAUGGGCUGAAGAUCUUGCAAAGAAAGAUGCCUUAGCCUACAGCCUCAACCAGAACUAUGGAGAGAGUGUAUACUGCGGCUGGUCACCAGACCCUAGCACAAAAAUAAAAGCCAGGGACUGUGUUGAGAAAUGGUACAGUGAAAUCAACAAUUUCUCGUUCGGUAGGGAACCAGAUGUUCUUACAUGCGGACACUUCACCCAGAUAGUUUGGAAAGGCACAAGGGAAGUAGGAAUCGGCAGUGCCAAGAGCAAAUCAGGGAAACUCUAUGUUGUAGCCAACUAUUACCCACCAGGAAAUUACAGUGGACAGUUUAUUAAAAAUGUUUAUCCUCCUGGAGCGAACCAGUUUAAACGUAGUAACAAUAACCAGAAAGAGACUAACAACAACCUAUCACCACCGUCGCCAUCGAACCAAAGGAAUAGUAAAAACCUGAGCGACAUUGCAUCAGAUUUGGUGAACAAAUUCCGUUCUUCUACAAUCUCUUCUUCAAUUUCUAACGAGAAAUUCGACGAAGAGUUUUUGAAGGCGCACAAUGAGUAUAGACGUAAGCACGGCGUAGCUCCACUAGAUCUUAACAAAAAGCUUUGCAAGUAUGCCGAGGAGUGGGCAAAGACGUUAGCCAAGAAAGGGGAAACUGAACAUAGAGAUCAGAAUGAUUAUGGAGAGAACAUAUUUUCCGCAUGGUCUACUGAUCCGAACUUCACAGUGACUGGAAGGGAUCCUGUAGAUAAAUGGUACAGCGAAGUGAAUUUUCACCGAUUCGGCCAAGAGCCUUUAGACUUGAAGUCAGGACAUUUCACGCAGAUUGUUUGGGAAGAUACAAAGGAGGUUGGUGUGGGCGUGGCUAAGUCUAAAGAUGGUCACAUCUACGUCGUUGCAAACUACAACCCUCCUGGCAACGUCAUCGGUAGCUUCGCAAAGAAAGUUAAGCCUCCACUUAAUUAAGUUAUUACCACCUAAGUUAUUUAGACAGCCAAAGAAACAUUCCUUAGUAUUUAAGGCAAUUUAAAUUAUAUUAAUUAAGUAGUGAUAUUCCAUUUAAUUUUGUAAAUGAUAUACCUCUAUUUAUUAUUGUAUUUAAGUUUACUGUUUAAUUAUAUUUUAUACUGAA